UAACGGAGAGUCCUUUCGGGUUGUUCCAAAGUUUAGAGUGUUGGAUGAUUUUGCAGUGGCUGCAAAGGAGUCGGUGCUUUUGGAGAGGCUGAUUGCAUGUGCUGCCACCACUCACCAUAUGCUCAGAGGCACGUUACCAAAUUCUUCCAAGCUACACAGGAUGUGGAUUGGAUUGUGAAAGACCAACCCAAAUUGUGUUUGCAUUUUUACAAAUUUGUUGGGAAUUUCUCUGCUCUUUAAUCUAGGAGGAGCCGGAUUUGGAAACCAAAAUGGAGGAACAGGAGCCCGCUGGACCCAAACCACAGGAGAGUUUGGACGGGGGAGCGCGAGACCUUCACGUCGUCCAGAUCGGGGCCGUCGGGGAACUGAUGGAAGGAGCCGCCCCCCCGCAGCAGGUUAAGUGGGAGCCGGAGGAGCAGUGUUGGGAGUCCCAGUUGCAAGACUUCUUGAAGGCGAUGCAGCCCUCCCGUUCAGGAUGGAGGAACCCCCAGCAACCCCCUCACUAUGCGUUGGGAGAAGACACCAAGUAUUUCCAGACCGCCUUCAAGGGAGGGGUUGAUGCCGGUCGGUGGCCAAAAGUCGAAUGUAUGGCCCAAACCCCACCAGGCCUUGGUGGGGACGAUGACAAGGCCUACAAGGCCAGCCGGGAUUCACCAGUGAAAGUGAAGGAGGAGGUCCUGGACGAGGACCCAGUCAACGUGGAGAUGCGUCGGCAACGUUUCCGCCUCUUCUGCUACGAGGAGGCCGAGGGCCCCCGUGAGGUUUGCAACAAGCUCUGGGAGCUCUGCCACCAGUGGCUGAGGCCGGAGACGCACAGCAAGGAGCAGAUCCUGGAGUUCCUGAUCCUAGAGCAGUUUCUGACUGUCCUACCCCCGGAAAUGCAGAGCUGGGUCAGGGACCACGGCCCUGAGACUUGCACCCGGGCUGUCGCCCUGGCGGAACGGUUCUUGCAAGAGUCUGAGGAACCGGAACAUAAGCUGUCAGGCUCCUUGGAGAAGCCGUUUAACUCUCCCAUGUCAGAUCAUUCUCCCACUGCUGUCCUGAAGAUGCAUCUUCCCUUGGAGGACAAGCAGGAGGACGACUGGGAAGCUACCUUGUCUGGCAACGAGCAAGUGCAAGAUGAGGAGGAAGAGUCCUUUCAGGCCGACCAGCCUGAGCAAGUGGGUAUUGGCGGGAUAUCAUUGGAAAGAGCCAAAGGGAAGUGUUUCCAGGGCCUUGAGAUGGACGAGAAGGCUGAAAGUCAUCAGGGACCAGAAGGUCACCAGGAGAACCAUCCUGGGAAGACACCAAAGCUUUCUGAGGAAGGCGAGAGGGGUUUGCGGGAAAGUUCCUGUCAGGAGGGAACCCAUAGGCACGCUGACUCAGGGGAAAGCUCCUGUCAGAGCUUUAGCCAUCAGGAAGUGCAACCCAUUGAGAAACCCCACAAAUGUUCCUUUUGUGGGGCCAGCUUCUAUGAGAGAACCCACUUGAUGAUCCAUGAGAGAAUCCACACAGGAGAGAAACCCUAUAAAUGCUCGGUGUGCGAGACUUGGUUCUCUCACCCCUCUGAGCUCAUGAGGCACGAGGAGACCCACAUGCCUGAGAAGCCCCACAAAUGUGCGGUCUGUGGGAAAAGCUUCAAUCAGAAAGCCUCCCUAAUCACCCAUGAGAGAACCCACACGGGGGAGAAACCGUACGAAUGCUCCGAGUGCGGGAAGAGCUUCAGUACCAGCUCCCAGCUCAUUACACACAAGAGAGUCCACACGGGUGAGAAACCGUACAGUUGCUCAUACUGUGGCAAAAACUUUAAUCAGAAAGCGUCCCUCAUUACCCACAAGAGAACCCACACGGGAGAGAAGCCCUAUGAAUGCACACUGUGUGGGAAAAGUUUCAGCGCUUGCUCUCAGAUCAUCAAUCACAUCCGGGUCCACACCGGAGAGAAGCCCUACGAGUGCUUAGAGUGUGGGAAGCGUUUCGGGAGCAGUUCCCACCUUACCGAUCAUAAGAGAACCCACACAGGCGAGAAGCCGUACAAGUGUCCCGACUGCGGGAAGAACUUCAGCAGAAGUUCCAAUCUUACAGCACACAGCCGAAUUCACACAGGAGAGAAGCCAUAUAUAUGCUCAGGGUGUGGCAAAAGCUUCCGGCAGAAAGCGUCCCUCAUCACACACAAGAGAACCCACACGGGAGAGAAGCCUUUUGAGUGCUCGGAGUGUGGGAAGAGCUUCAUUUCAAGCUCUCGCCUUGUCAGCCAUAAGCGGGUACACACGGGAGAGAAGCCCUACGAGUGCUUAGAGUGUGGGAAAUGCUUCAUUUCCAGCUCUCACCUUCUAAGUCAUAAGAGAGUCCACACGGGAGAGGAGCCAUACAAAUGUGCGUAGAGUGGGAGAGGCUUCUGUCACUAUGUUGGCUCUUUUGAGAGCCACUUCACACAUGCCCUGGCCACGAAUAUUGUAAAUCAGGGAUGACCUAGCUUCGGUAAUCCUGAGGACCAUUUUUGUUCUCUACAUGUAACAUUGAAAGUGUGGAAUCUCUCUUCCAAUUUAAAAAACCAACAAUUUUUUCCCCAUAGGGCCUGGUAUAAAUUUCCUCUGUCCUGGCUGUAUUAUGCUGUCAUGCCAGUUGAUGUGUGCCCUUUGCCACAGUGCAUGCAGGGUGGUGCAAAUGAACAUGGCUAGGGACGUAAGCCUGGUUUGUGUGACCUUCCCCCCCCCCAAAGGCAGAAGGAGUGUGCAAAUGGGGUGCAUAUAUAUGCCACAUUCUUCACCUCCAUUACCCUUAACAUAAAAUGUGUAGUGGGAAAUGCACACAUUAGGCUAGCUCAGGUGUUGGGGAACCUUUGGCCCUCCAGACGUUGUUGAACGUCAACUCCCAUCAUUCCUGGCCAUUGGCCAUGCUUGCUGGGGCUGAUGGGAACUGUAGUUUAGCGACAUCUGGAAGACCAAAGGUUCUCCAUGCCUGGGUUAGCUGGACCACAAGGCAGCUUUGUCUGUUUGUAUAUGUCUGUUGCUGGCUACUCGUGAAUGAGCCCUGAGAUGAAGGACCAUGGCCGAGUGGUCAUGCACAUGCUUUGCAUGCAGAAGGUCCCAGGUUCAGUCCCCACAAUCUCCAGUUGGGGCUGGGAAAGUCCCCUCUCUGAGACCUCAGAGAAUUGCUGCCAGUCAGUGUAGAAAAUACUGAGCUAAAUGGAACAAUGGCCUGAUUUGCUAUAAGGCAGCUUCCUACGUCUCUAUUGCUCCCUUUUACUCAGGGAUAGGGAACCUCUAUGGCCCUCCCGAUGUUGCUGAACUACAGCUCCUCUCACCCCGUCUAUUGGCCAUGCUGGCUGGGGCUGAUGGGAGUUGGGAGUCCCAACAACAUUUGUGCCCCGUCCCUGCUAUAUAGAUAGCCAAGGGGGAACUUAACAUGGAGAUAAAGCGACUAGGUAGUUAUGAGUUCUUCCGAGGCAGCAUCUCUCAAGAUGGCUUACUAUUAAGGAAGCCUGCAUAGAUUGAUUGGUCAGCUGAAGAAGCCGUGAGCAGUUUCUACCACACAACCUGAGCGUGUUGCAGAGGAUUCUGGGAAAUGUGUUAUGAUGUACACACAAACAGUUUGCAUGGAAGCACCUGGCUGAGUCUGUUGGGCCUGUAACUCACCACCACCGCUGUGAAGACUUGAAUAUGCCUUUCAGCACACCCAGUCUCCUCUUGUAGACAAUCAUUUCAGUGGUUUUGAAAAGAUUGGCUGCUUGGGGAGGGGGCGAGGCUUGCAGUUCUUUUUGGAGAAGCUUGUCCUCUUUUUGCAAUCUUCUAUUUUGAGAAAUGGCUGAGGAACGCCCGCUUGACGCGGUUUGAAAACAUUUCUUGUAACACUCUCCUGCUUCCUUCUCCAUUGGAAAGCUGGCAGGCUGUAGAUUUUUAGAAGCAUAAAUAGUUUUGGAAGGGUGGGAGACCUGUAUAGCUGUAAUCCACCUCUGCCCACCUGCACUGCGCUGCAAGACUCUUGGAAGCAAGUGAUCCUCUACUGCACGUGGCUGAAAAUGGAUUUGUCCAGUCCCACUGUGAUCACAGCCUGGCCCAUAGUCCUGUGCCCCCCCCCGAGUGCAUCUGCUCUUAAUUUUUCUGCUGAAAAAUACCAGGGGGUUUUUUACGGGGUGGUGGGCAAGGAUGGCCUGACUGACUGACUGACUGACUGGCCAAAGGCCCAGAGUUAAGCAACACAUGUUGCAAGUAGGGAAUCGCAAAUGGCUUCUUUGACCCCACCCCCUGAAAUAGACGUAAAGCACUACAUGGAUCAUCCUUUAACCUCUUGCAAGGCCACAGCAGAGGUGCCUGCCCCCCAGUCUUAACACAUCGAGCUCUUGCUGCUCACUUAAUACCUCUACCUUCCUGUCCUUGCCAAGGUCCUCCCCAUCAGCCUGUGUGUCCCCAGCAUCUGAUUGCCUGCCUGAUUUAAGCUUCCUUUCCAGACCUGUGGCAAUCAGCCAAGGAAAUUGGGAGUUGUAGUUCUAUGCUCUAUAGAGCAGGGGUGGGGAACUUCAGACCCUGGAGGCCAGAAUGUACCCAUCCAGGCCUCUCUAUCCAGUCCUUAGGCCUCUGCUGGUGACAGGUUCCUCAGACCUGAUAUAUAAUGUGUGUGGAAAGGGACUGAGAGACAACUCAAGUGACAUCCACAUCAUACCACUUUCACAGUCAUGGCUCCACCCCCUGCAAAGUAUACUGGGAAUUGUAGUUUGUUAAAGGUGCUCACAUCACAGAGCUACAAUUCCCAACACCUUUAGCAAACUACCACCGUACAUUUAAAGCACAUGACUUACCCCAAAGAGUCCCAGGAACUGUUUGUCAAGGGUGCUAGGAAUUGUAGUUCUGAGGGAGAAACUACAGUUCCCAGGAUUCUUUGUCAGAAGCCAUGUGCUUUAAAUGUAUGAUGUAUACACAGCCUCCAGGACUGUUAAAAGUGGUAUAAGAGUGCUUUAAAACAUGGUGUGGAUGUGACCUUAGUGGGGAUAUUGAAGGAAGAGGGUUAAGGAGCAGAGAGCAAAUUGCAUAAAGUAUGUGUGUGAGAGAAAAUUAUAAAAGUGGAUAAUAUAUGUGCGUUUCUGGUUGAGAAAGAGAGAUUCUUUGGCCUGGUUCAGAUAUGCACUUGGCGACUGGCAACCAAGUGUGAGAACCAACUCUAUUGCAAAGUGUCCAGUUUGAGGUGAUGUGAGUUCUGUCUCACAUUGUGUGGUGUCAUAUCUAUUAUGGGCCCAUUCACCCAUGCCUUGGGAUGGCGGAGACAUUUGACUCAGUUUGCAUUUAAAGGCAAACCCACCAAAUCCGCCCUUUCUGAAACAAUACGUGAACCGAAACACGGCCACCCAUCAAAACUUGCACUUCUCUGAAUUUUGCAGUGCAGUUGUCCAGCCAAGUCAUGUGCACAAAAAAUGCAUAUAUCAGUUAAAAUAACAUACAAAAAUGCAUUAUGCGAGGGGGAAGUUGCUUUGCAAAAUUGCACACAAAAUGUGUGUAUAUUAGGAGAAAUUCACAUGCAAAAGCUGAUGGAUUUUCAUAAUGACUUUAAAAAUAAUAAUCACAAAGUCAUUAUUGGCCGUGCUCGUUGGGACUGAUUCUCGCGAGAGCUACAGGUCCCCCCAGCCCUGCUUUAAGAUUCUAGUGAGAAUAAACAGGUGGGUAUAUAUAGAAGAUGAAAACUGGGUCUGUGUAGGAGAGGCAUAAUGGGGGAUUGUGCUGAGAGCAGGGAAGAAAUGAUUCCCCCCCCCAAUCUCAAUCUCCCCACCCCAUCCAAAAGAUGGGCAUGCCUUCCUGCAAAGGCAGAAAAGGAAGAGCUUCCAGACAACCUGGCAUUCAUGAUGAUGUGUUUGUAAGGACCUUCGACAACGCUGGGUAUUUAGUGAGUAUUCAUUCUGAUUUGUUUGCAGGGAGGUUAGAUGAUAUAAUGACAAAGCAAGUAUCCCGUACUUCCCAGUUCAUUUUCCUUUCUGUAUUGCAAAUAGUCUGAUCUUUGGGGAAGUGGGUUGUUGUGCAAGACCUCCCAAUGAACUCUAACUGUUCAGCCUUAAUUUGCCCACAUGUGAUUGAAUCCCACCCCAAACUAACAACAGUCUGGCAGCAAGCAGAAUCAGCAGCGGGGCUCUAGAAACCAGUGAAGAAAAGAACUGUAAAAAAACUAACCACCCAAUAUUUUGAAGGGAAGAGAUAAUGAUAGCCUUGUCCACCUCCCCGCUCUCUCUCUCUCUCUACUUCUGGUAAUAGGGCUGUUUGAGCUACUCCCAUUUCCUCUUCUGUUCACAUAUCUAGGAUUGGCCAGUUACUGAGAACCAGCCUGCUGCCUUCCAGAUGUUGUGUUGGACUACAUCUCCCAUCCACUGUGCUGGCUGGGACUGAUGGGAGUCGUAGUUCAUCAACAUCUGGAGAGCACAAAGCGAACGAAGGUUGCUGUAGGUACUCGGUAUGAAUUGGGAACAUUAUAAGGACACACCUCACACACUUAAGGCAGGGCUGGGGACCCUGCAGUCUUCUAGACGUUGCUGGACUGCCCACUCUCAUCAACCCCUGCUUGCAUAGUCAAGGAUGAUGGGAAUUGUAGUCCAAACAUCUGAAGAGCCACUGAUUCCUCAUCACUGCACUCAGGUAACAUUGACAGAAUGUGUCCCAUAAUUUGUAACUUCUUCAAGAGCCUCAGGGCCACGGGGGAGGAGAUGAUUGGAAAUUCCAUUUUUGUCCUAACAACAACCCUGUGAGGGAGGCUAGGCUUGAGAGGAGGGGCCUCCCAUAAGCUGCUCAAUGAAGAUGAAACUAGAUGUGUGAUGGAGCAGUCAAGUGUGUCCUUUAUUUGUGUGGCUACCCUGUUCUAUUUUUAAAAAGGGCAAUAGGGAUAGUGCUGGAGGAGUCUUCUCAUGACAUACAAUGUGUGGGUGUAUUUUGGAGGGGGGCAGGGCCAGAUUAUCCAUUAGGCUUAGUAGGCUUCAGCCUAGGGGCCUGGAGCUUUUGGGGGCCCGUGCAUAAGCUAAAAAAAAUCGCGGGACAAGAGCUUCCAAACCACACGCCAUUCCCCCGCUUCACUUACCUUUUUCUCCGCUGUUUUUUGUGGUUUGCCAUCAAUUAAGAUGGUGGCCGAGGUUUCCUAAGGGGCUGAAGCAUGCGCGUGUAGCACGCAUUGCUGCCAUCAACCAAGAUGGUGGCAGAGGCUUCAGCCCCUUAGGGAAAUCUCGGCCGCCAUCUUGAUUGAUGGCAAACCUGUGCGAAAAAAAGCAGAAAGGUAGGGAGAAGAGGGCCCCAAACACCAAUCAGCCUAGGGGCCCUCCUCAGCUUAAUCCGGCCCUGGAGGGGGGAACUAAAUCUGUCCCCUCCCCAGUGUCCCUCUCAUUGUUUCUUGCAGCAGUUUUCUCACUGGCAGUGAGCUGGGCUAGGGAGAAAAAUAUUUGAGACAAAAUUAGAGGGCAGAGGAGAGUUUUGCUCGUCUCCCUUGCAAACACCUGUUUGUGGAACAGUAAUCUUCAACUUUUUUUGGAUCUGUGACAUCAGUCCAAAUACACAUUGGAGUUCCCACUUCUUUCUUUUCUGCUUUACACGUGAACAGUUAAAAUCAUCUGGUUUCUGUUUCAUGGAUGAGGGGAGAUUUGAACCCAGCUCUCCCUGGCUUUGUUGUACCAUGACAAGGGGGCCAGUGCCUGGAAGGGCAAGGGGGCAAUAUUGUCGUCCCCAGGACAUCAAAACAUGGCUCUGCCCAAGAAGAAAAUGGCCGCACUUCCAUGCCUCUACCAGAAGAAGGUGUCAGAAAAUGGCUGCCUUUCUCAAUGAUGGAGCAUCAGAAAAUGGCCACCUUUCUCAGCAAUAGGGCAGCUGUCUUGGAAUCUGCCUGCGCUGCCGGGCAGAACUGAGAACUGCAGUGUCUCUUUUGAAAUUAUAUUCGCUGCCCUUCUCCAGCCUCCCUUGGCCUCCUCACUUAUUCUUAAGUCCACCUGUCACGUCCGUUUAUAUCCCUCGACGUGCAUGCAUGUUUGCUGUUCACAUGAAGAGGCACGGAGAGAGGUGAACACUGCUUCCUUCCCAUGAAUGUUUGUGAAUCUGUAGUUGUAAAUGCAUUAAAAAAAAUCUUAAAUUGAA